GAAACACUGGAUGUUAAAGUCUACUUUGAUAGCCUUCCUCAUGCCACCUGUCGAUAUUGUUGGAAUAUUAAUCAUAAUCAGCUAACUUGCUCUGAUAGUCAGCUUCAUCAUCGACGUAAUAUUCCUACAGUUAUAUUUGAAGAUGAAGAAAACGCAAGGAUGAUUAUCGGCGGCCGCAGAGUACAAGGUAGACGUACUACUCAUGGACUAGCCUCUGCCGUAUCUGGGCUGCAGAAAGUGUUCUUCCAAAUGAUGAUAUUGCUAUGUUAAUCAACUUUGUUAAACGAGUUUAUCGUCUUCCAGAAGAUGCCCCAUCUACAUCUGCUGCAUGGGAAACCACUACUCAAGAUCGUGGAGAUAUGGAUGGAGUCGCUGCCGAAGUUCCAGCCCAAACAUUGAAUUCCAUUGAUGCUAUAGAGGGCAUUAGAUCUCCCUUAAAACAGGAUCACUUAAAUGACUUGAUAAAGACACAUAAUGAUAUUCUCUUCUUAGUAGAAACUAAAGCCAAAAUUCCUUUCAUGGAGCCAAAGAUUGGUUAUUAAUUCCUUCUGUUGGUAAAUCAGGUGGCAUUGCAAUUGUCUGGUUUUCUAACAUUUCUGCUUCUUUGAUUAAAUUUCAAGAUAAUGUUUUCCAUUUUCAAGUUUUGAAAACUAAUGCCAGAUUUAAUAUGUCUUUUAUAUAUGGUGCCUUAGAUAAUCAUUUAAGGAUUAGGCAAUGGGAUUUUAUCUAUGCUUUUAAUGAUCCUACUAUCCCAUGGGCAGUAGUUGGUGAUAUGAAUUUUAUCCUGAAUGCAUCUGAAAAGGAAGGUGGCAAUUCUGUUACUUCUAGUAGUUAUGCUUAUGUAUAUAGCUGCAUCCAAAAAUUAGGUCUAAUUGAUUUGAAUUAUGCUGGUUUGCCUUUUACUUGGACUAAUAAGAGAUCUGGUACUGAUCACAUUCAAGAGAGACUUGAUAGAGUCUUUGUUAAUCAUAAGUGGUUAGAAUUUUUCCCUAAUUCUCUUAACUCUCAUCUCACUAGAGUUGUUUCUGAUCAUGCUCCGAUCAUGUUACAGACAACUCAUUUUGGUGAAAAACUUUAUAAACCUAUGCGAUAUAUGAGAUGUUGGCAACACCAUAGUUCUUAUGAAUCUGUUGUACAACAGUCAAUUUGGACUAGUCAGAAUAAACUUAGUAGCUUUACUAGCACUAUGACUCAUUUGCAUCAUACUCUUAGGAAUUGGAAUAAACAUGAAUUUGGUAAUAUUUUUAAAAAUAUCUCCGAUAUUCUUUCUGCUAUUGAUGUGCAAAAUGCUUCACCACCCACUGUUGAAACCAAAUCCGCUUUGACUGGUUUACAUAAUGAUCUUGAAUCAUGGUAUGCUAUUGAGAAAACUUAUUGGAGUCAGCAUGUUAAGGAUAAAUGGAUUAAAGAAAACGAUCAUAAUACUCAAUUUUUUCAUCAGCAUGCUUCUGAAAAAAGACGAAUUAAUCACAUUUAUACUUUACGAGAUGCUUCUGGUUUAUGGAUUGAAGGUCAGUCUCCACUUAGUAAUCUUCUAACUAAUCAUUUUAAACAUAUUAGUCAAUCUAUUAACCCUUCUAUUGAUCCUUUAUUUUCUUCUAUUUUUGCGAAAGUUUUGACUCCUUCUGAUAACUUAAUUCUGUGUCAAAUCCCUGAUGAGCAUGAAAUAAAAUCUGCUUUAUUCAUGAUGAACUCUUGGGGGGCGCCAGGACCUGAUGGAUUUCCCCCUGGGUUUUAUCAGCAUCAUUGGGAUAUUGUUAAGUAUGAUUUUAAUUUAUUGGGUACAACAAGUCUUUAGAACUAAAUCUUUGGACUCCAGUGUUAAUCACACUUUUAUUUCAUUAAUCCCUAAAGUGCCAGUUCCUACUACUCCGGGUGAUUUUCGACCCAUUAGUUUAAGUAAUGCUCUUUAUAAAAUUUUAGCCAAUCGUAUAAAACCUUAUUUAGAUAGACUGGUUUCCCAAAAUCAAUCAGUUUUUAUUCCUAAUAGGCAAAUUACAGAUAAUAUUGUGGUAGCUCAUGAAGUUCUGCAUACUAUGAAAACUUGUAAACGUAAGAUAGGCCAUAUGGCUAUUAAAUUAGAUCUUUCAAAAGCUUUUGAUCGAAUGGAAUGGUCGUUUAUUAUUCAUGUUUUUCGGUUACUUGGUUUCUCUGAUGAUUUCUGUGAUCUAAUCUACAUGUGUAUAUCUACUGUAACUUAUUCUGUGUUGGUUAAUGGAUCUCCUGGCGACAGUUUUACUCCUUCUAGAGGAAUUCGUCAAGGAGAUCCAUUGUCUCCUACUAUUUUUAUUCUAUGUAUGGAAGCUCUUUCCAAGUUACUAUUGCAUGCGGAACAACAAAAAUUAGUUACUGGUGUUAAGGUUCUUACUGGUAGUACUUCUGUUUCGCACUUGUUCUUUGCCGAUGAUGCUUUUUUAUUCACUAAUGCCACUAUCGUUCAGGCUAGGAACUUGCUGGAUAUUCUUAAUAUGUUUAGUCUUACAUCUGGUCAGACUGUUAAUUACCAGAAAUCUGGUGUUUACUUUUAGUAAAGGCGUUCCGAAUAAGCAUUGUAAAAUUUUAGCUAGGAUUCUUAGGAUUGGUAAAAUUACGAAAACUGAUAAAUAUUUAGGUACCCUUUUUUUUUUCAUCGAUCUAAGAGUUUUAAUUAUCAAUGUAUGUUAGAUAAAGUUUAUCACAGAAUUAAAGGUUGGAAGGCUCAAUUACUUUCACAAGCUGGCAGGGCUGUGUUGAUUACUUCUGUUACUAGUGUAAUGCCCAUGUAUCAAAUGAUGUGUUUUGUUUUACCUCAUAAAACAUUAGAUAGAUUGAAUGCUCUACAACGGGAUUUUUGGUGGAAACGUAAAGAAGGUUCCAAGGGCAGCUACAUUAAGGCUUGGGAUUUUCUGUGUAAAAAGAAGGCUAGUGGGGGUUUAGGAUUUCGAAAUCCACAUAAAUUUAAUCUAGCUUUGCUUCCAGGUUAGCUUGGAGGCUCAGAGACUUUCUGUGUAUAAUCAACACUAACACCAGUUCUUGGCACAGGACAAGCACCAUUUGGUAACCAUUUGUCCGUCCAAAGUUUGAUAUUAAUACCAUCUCCUAUUGCCCAACAAGGAUUUAACUUAAUAACCUCAAUGCCUCUACAAAUACUAGUCCAUAUCCAGGAUUUAACCGUUUUCUUCUUAUAAUGCAUGGAUCACUAAGCUGUGUAACAUAAAUAAUAUGCACCAUGUAACUGUUCCCUAAUGUUAAUAUAUGUUUGUUUAUCAAAAAAAAAAAAUGAUUCUUACUGGAAUUUUUCUGAUUUGAUACCCCUUCUCUCUAAAUCAAGGUCACUUGACCUAGAAGAAUACUAUUAGGUAUCCAUAAUUUGGAAAAUUUUAAUUGCAUUUUUGUGUAACAAUUUUUGAAUUAGGAUGUGGUUGUUCCUCUACUGUAUUCUGUAGUAUAUAUAUAUAUAUAUAUAUCAGUUUAGUUUACUUUAACAUUUUCUUUGUAUGCCUGGUGUUGUGGAUUAUGUUGAGUUGUUGUAGUGUUCGAUAAUUUGCCUGAAUCAAUUUUGAGUUUAUGAGGUAUUUGGCUAUCUUUCCAGUAGAAUGAGUACCCUUGUAGUGUUCGGUAAUUUUCCUGAAUCAGUUUUGGUUUAUGAGGUAUUUGGCUAUCUUUCACAAUUAUGAUUUCUGCAUUUGAAUUUUCUACUUGUCAAUUUAGUAGUACUGUUAGUUGUUGUAGGCAUGGUUUGUCCCAAUAUCCACGAUAAUCAGUUAGGAAAACGAAUAUCGGUAGGUUGUUAUUCAAUGCUGGGUUUUGGCAGAUUACUGCAAAAUGGUUUUGAAGUUGUUAAUUAGUAGUACUAUGUGCCGGGCAGCUGGGAGUUAGUGAAAAUGCCAAAAUAUUUAUGCAACAUAUUUGCAGCACAUCUUGAUUAGUUUAGGCUGUCUGUUCAUAUUAUGCAACAUACGAAACCAUAUUUUAGUAACCCAAGAAUGACAAGAAUAACGUAUAAUUAAGAACCAUAGUGAGUAUAUGCUAAAAAAUCUUUACCUUUGGGCUCAUCAUUGGUUUGAUUACUCAAUGAUGGUUUGGUUAUUACUUGGUGAUGAGUUUGUUUAUUGGUGUUUGCUAAUUAGUAGUACUAUGAUUACACAUAGGCUACUAAUCUGCAUCGGUUUAGAAUCACUGAUUUUGAUUGCUUUGCUGUAUUCUGUAUAUGUGCAUUAUAUUCUGUCUGAAUGUAGCAUUAUAUCGGUUUAGAAUCACUGAUUUUGAUUGCUUUGUUGUAUUCUCAACUUUGCUAUGAUUUUGAUUACUUUGCUGUUUGUUCUUGCAGUCUCAUACGAAUGCAAAGGGACUGUAUGGGAAAGCAUUCCCUCAUUUAAAUGCAUUAGUUGAGAUAUUUGCUGAAGAUAGGGCAAAUGGCAAAGGGGCUGCUUCACUUGUUGAAGAGCUAGAAGAGAUAGAGAAAGAAGACGAACAAGAAAAGGAAGAAGAAAAUCAGCAUAAUACUGCACAAGAAAAUGAUCAACAGCAAAGUAAUCAAUCCGAGUCAAACAGUGGUAAAGGUAGAAGGAAAAGGAUACGUUCAUCAUCCAUUGACAUUGUAUCUGGUGAAUCAAGUGGAGAUUCAAAUGGGCUUAGUUUGAUGGCUAAUUCGUUUAGCAAAUUUGUGACGGGUACACUUGAUCACUUUGAAGCAGUUCUUGAGUCACUUACUCAAGAAGCCGAUGUCAAUAAACACUUGUUUGAGGUGUUGAAUAAGAUAGAAGGGCUGACAGCCGAUGUCAAUAAACACUUGUUUGAGGUGUUGAAUAAGAUAGAAGGGCUGACAGAAGAUGAGGUGAUAGAUGCUGCAUCUAUUAUACUCGAUUCAUCUACAAAAACAAAAGGUUUUCUUCGGCAUGGGGGAAGAAAAACGAGCCAACUAUGUGAAGAACAUGAUUCUACAUGUUGGUAGGUAACGAUAUUGCAUGAUCUUGGUAAUUCUUUAGCUACUACUAGCUCAUAUGUGCCAGGACAAGGUUGCAUAGUUUUUAUGCAGUAAUUUUCAGUCCUUUACAACUUGUUUGUUUAGAAUUUUUUGAAUUUGAAUGGUGUGGAACUACUUGAAACAGUAUUUUGGUUUGGAAAUUUGAAAUUCAAACUUUUAGAAUUUGUUUGUUUUUA